AGGGUUCAUGUUUAUGUCGUGAGUCACAGAGUUGUGUACACGUAUCAGCUCACGAGAUUGUUGAAUUUUUUUGGUUUGACCAGUUCUUCAUUAGGCUUCAAUAUGGAUGGUGCAGCAAGUGAAGUGUUGACUAAAGUUAACGAAAGUUUAGUUGACAAUGCAAAUUCGUCGUCAACUAGAAUACCUUCUACGCCAGAAGGAAUGGCUUUGGCCUACAGUAGUCUUAUUGUAAUGGCAGUAUUACCGAUUUUCCUUGGUAGUUACCGGUCUGUUAAACAUCUUAAGGAACAAAAGGAAGCUUUCAAAGCUGGAGGUGAGAAGCCAGAGACGAUGACACAGAAAGAUGCGUGCAUGUUUCCUCUAGUUUCCAGUGCUGCAUUAUUCGGAUUAUACUUAUUCUUUCAAGUAUUUUCGAAAGAGUACAUUAAUCUCGUACUGACUGGAUAUUUCUUUUUCCUUGGCAUCUUAGCUCUUUGCCAUUUGACAAGCCCUGUUAUAUCUUCGUUGGUGCCUGCUAUGAUUCCUAAAACUCCAUAUCAUAUAAAAUUUACCAAAGGAGAAGGAGACGAUGCCAAUGCUGUGAUAGAUUAUAAAUUCAAUCUUCAUGAUAUUGUAUGUUUAGUCUGUUGUUCAAUGGUUGGAGCCUGGUAUUUAUUAAAAAAACAUUGGAUUGCAAACAAUCUCUUUGGAAUUGCUUUCGCAAUUAAUGCUGUUGAAUUGCUGCACCUGAAUAACAUUGUGACUGGAUGUAUUUUACUUGGAGGACUAUUUAUUUACGAUAUAUUCUGGGUUUUUGGCACUAACGUCAUGGUAGUUGUUGCAAAAUCAUUUGAAGCUCCAAUCAAACUUGUUUUCCCUCAAGAUUUAUUGGAGCGAGGAUUCAAUGCCAGAAAUUUUGCAAUGUUGGGUUUAGGAGACAUCGUAGUUCCAGGGACCUUUAUUGCAAUGUUGCUCAGAUAUGAUCACAGUUUAAAACGAAAGUCUAAUACAUACUUUUAUUCUACUUUCUUAGCGUAUUUCUUAGGAUUAUUAGCUACAAUGUUGAUUAUGCAUUUAUUUAAUCAUGCUCAACCAGCUCUUCUAUACUUGGUACCUGCAUGUAUAGGAACGCCUUUGUUAGUAGCGUUAAUUAAAGGAGAUAUGACAUCUCUUUUCCAUUAUGAAGACCAUCCAACAACACCUGAAACUGAAAAUUCUGAAAAGCUAGAAAAAUCUAAAAGAAAAGGAAAAGUUCAAGGAAAACGAAAUGAAGAACUUGAAGAAGUUGAUUCAAAAAAAGAUAAAUAGUUGUUGAAAAAAGAUAGCUAGUCUUAGUUGAAAAAAAUUGGAGCGAGAAUUUUUAAAGGAUUUGUUUAUGAAUUACCAUUAAUUGCGCCACAGGAUUUACUUAAUGGUCAAUGCAAGGUGUAAUAGACGUGAAUCUGAACCCAUUUACCUGUUCAAUUUUCACCAUUUAAUUGCUUCCUUUUUCUUUUUUUGAUGAGUACCUUUUUUAGAAUGUAAUCGGAAUAAUUUUUUUAAUCCGAGUAAACAACACAAAGACAAUAUUUUUAUUAUAAAAAAUUGAUAAAUACAUUGAAAGAGAUUUGACGAUUCUGACGAUUUUUCUCCUCAGAUACCAUUAUGCAAAAAAAGUCACAAAUAAUGUUAUAAAAAUACUUUGACAGACCAUAAAUAUAGAUAAUAAUCAAUAAAUAUUCAUCAAACUUCAAUAUAUUUGUCACGAAUCAAUAGCUCUGUGAAAAGUGAUUGUAAUUGUCAAUUAAAUGAUAAACAUAUAAUUCCUUUUUGUUCGUUCGACAAUAAAAGUGACAAAGUGGUAUCGAUUACUUAUUUUUAGUUAUGAAUUUACAACUUUCGAUAAUUUUUCAUUCAUUGAUAUUAAUUUUCGUGUAUUAAUAUCAACUGUUUGACAUUAUUUUUACUAACUAGUGCGAAUAACAAUUAAACCGAAUUAUUGUAUUGUAUAUUGUUAAUCUUCAAUACUGUACAAAAGCACUAAAUUAUAACAUUUUAUAUUAUUAUAAUAUAAGUUGAAAAUGCGUUGGUUAAUCAAUUUGUUAUUAAACAAUUUUCUAUGCUGCUUUAUCUUCAUUUCUUUAAUAUACUUUGUAUAAUGGUAAAUUAUUUAGUUUAUAUUUAAUCAAAUAUUCCGACGUAUUUACUUCAAUAAUUAUUGCUAUUGUUAUAAUUAUACAAUAUAGUAAAAUGAAUAUAACGCACAAUUGUUUAUUUCGAACGAUGGUAUAAGGCAUUUAUAUAAACAUAAUUAAGUUACUGAUGUACUUUUGCGUCAUGUGAAGUAAUAAAUUAAACCCAAUGCGACAAAACA